CACCAUCACAGACCUCACCAUCCUCAUCCGGGACCUGGAGGAGUACAAUAGCAUAGCAGACGACGCGUUGGAGAGCGCCGCUAGCGCAACUUCUGGGAACGACUACGAAGGUUACAUCCUGACUAUGGAGAAGGCUGUAGAGCUCCACAUUAAGGUUGUGGAGUGGGACAACCUGCAGAACGUGGCGGGCGCACUGCUGGGUCACGGGGAGGUCACCAAGAUCAGCGGGUCACGUGAGUACCGCAGGAUCAUGUCGGAGACCGCCAACUGGGGCAAGGCGCUCACCGAGACCACCAUCGCAGAGGCUGAACUUCGCGUGCAGUACGAAAGCCGUAAGAGGUGGCUGGCAGCAGAGAAGCGAGAAAAGGAGCGGAUAGAAGCGCAGAUCGGUCUGGACGAGAGCCGGCGGGAGGUCAGCCUGGAGCUCACGUCAGCCAUCGGACUCACCGCAUUCCAUGUGAAACUGGAGCUGAACAACAUCCUGCUGGACUACUGCAACUCCUACUUCUACUUCCAGUUCCAGGAGUGCGGCGCGACGUACAAACCCAAUCUGGGAGACGAUCUGGUUACUCUACUGGAUAAGGUGAGUAACGCGGCGCAGGACGGUCUGCAGAACCUGGCCAGCUUCAACCCGCCUCCUCAGCCAUUCAACAACCUCAACAUCCGCAUCACGGACUCGCCGACAGCAUGUGUGAACGCCACGGAGUGCCCGAUCGCCACCCUGAAGGACAAUAAGAUCCUGCACGUCGAGAUCCGCCACGAUCACCCAAACUUCCUCAGCUGGGAUCGCGUCAGGAUCGAGAAGAUCCGGAUCUUCCUCAUCGGCGCGACCCUCCCGAGUAACCGGAUGCGAGUGUCCAUCUCCACAUCUGGAGAGUUUUUCGACCGUUACCGCUCCCUGGAGCAGGACUUUGUGGGCGUGCCCCUGCGCCGCGGGUUCGAGUACAACCCUUCCGGCAACGGCGUGAUCGUGGACGGGAACAUCCAUGACGAUUUCCAUGGUUACUACUCCCUGACCACGCCCUUCACCACCUGGGUGAUUGACGUCUCCACGGACCUGAACUCUGGCCUGGACCUGAGCAGCCUCAGCCGCGUGGAGAUGCACCUCUGGGGCAGCCUGGUCAGCGGCAGCAGGGACCAGCAACCCCUGGACAACCUGGUCAUCGACCUUCCCAGCUCAGCAGCGCCGACUGGCUCAGCAGCACUGAACUGCAGAACAUGGCUGCCAGAAGAGCCAUAUUCCAAACAGAACAUGGAUGAGGUGUGGUGUUGGUUCCUGGCUGAUGGAGAAGAGCUCUCCUGA